AUGGCGGACAAGCCCAGCCGCAGUGCGAAACUUUAUGCCCUGAAUGAGGACAAACAGUGGGAUUUCCUGGGCUCGGGGCAGGUCACCGCAGUUUACACGCAAAUCCAGGGCGCGUCUCUGUUAGUUCGGUCGGAGUCCAGCGACUCACUGAUCCUGGAGUCUGAGAUACUCCCAGACACCCCCUAUCAAAAACAAAAGGACACUUUAAUAGUUUGGUCUGAAACCGAGAACCAUGGGAUGGCUUUGAGUUUCCGAGACGCAGAAAGCUGUCAGGAGAUCUGGGAAGACAUUUGCCAGGUUCAGGGUAAAGACCCGUCGGUCACUGUCACACAAGACCUCUUAGAUGAUUUAGAGGAAGAAUUGGAGGAAGCGCUAGAAGCUGAUGAGCUGGGUGACCUGCCUAACUGUGAAAUAAGUAAACUUAAACAGAUUUCUAACUUAGUUACCUCAGCUUUCUCUUCGCCUCCCCGUAAGAGAAGGCUGGCCCUGAUGUUGGAAAAUGAGAGUUACAUCAAAAAACUACUGCAGCUGCUGCACUCUUGUGAGAACCUGACAUACACUGAAGGUUUAUACCAUUUGCAUACAAUCGUUAAGGGAAUCUUGUUCCUUGACAAGACAUCUUUGCUUGAGAUCUUGUUUUCUGAUGACUGUAUCAUGAAUGUGGUGGGAUGCCUUGAAUAUGACCCUGCUUUGGCUCAGCCAAAAAGGCAUAGGGAAUUCUUAACCCAAAAUGCAAACUUCAAGGAAGUUGUACCAAUAACAACCUGUAAACUUAGACAAAGAAUACAUCAGACAUACAUGGUACUGUAUAUUCAAGACAUUCUUUUCCCUACACCAUCCAUAUUGGAAGAGAAUUGUCUUUCUGCUCUUAAAACUUUUAUUUUCCUCAACAAGAUGGAGAUAGUCCACAUGCUGCAGACAGACGACAAGUUUUUGCCUCAAGUUUUUGCACAGUUAAAGGAUAAAACUACUGAUGAUGAUAAACGGCGCGAAUUGAUUUUUUUCUUCAAGGAAUUCUGUACAUUUACUCAGAUAUUAAAGCCUCGAAGCAAGGAUUCAUUAUUCAAAACAUUGACACAAAUAGGAAUUCUUCCUACUAUUAAAGUUGUAAUGAGCCUGGAUGAUUUGCAAGUAAGGUCAGCUGCUACUGACAUAUUUGCUUAUCUAGUGGAGCAUAGUCCAUCCAUGAUCCGAGAAUUCAUAAUAGAAGACACCCAGCAGAAUGAAGAUGGUAACCUUCUCAUUAAUUUAGUCAUUAAACAAAUGAUCUAUGAUACUGAUCCUGAACUAGCAGGUGCUUUUCAUAUAAUGAGACUUCUUCGUUAUAUACUCGAUCCAGACAACAUGCUUGCAACGCCUCAAAAAUGCGAAAGAAGUAAAUUUCUAAAUUUCUUCUAUAAACGAUGUAUGCACAACAUAAUAGCACCACUUUUGGCUGCUACUUCCGAAGACACAACUGAAGAGCAUCAUAUACUUGGAGCUGACAUACACAACAGAAAUUGCAUCAGUGCACUUCGCUUUAUGAGAAGGAUAAUUGGCCUUAAAGAUGAAGUUUACAAUCGUUACAUCAUCAAGGGAAAUUUUUUUGAGCCAGUUGUAAGUGCCUUUCUGAAUAAUGGAACUCGAUACAAUAUGUUGAAUUCAGCUGUUAUUGAACUAUUUGAAUACAUAAGAGUGGAAAAUAUCAAGUCUCUUCUUGUACAUAUAGUUGAAAAGUUUUACAAAACACUUGAAUGGAUUGAAUAUGUUCAGACAUUUAAAGGUUUGAAGAUUAAAUACGACCAAGAAAAAAAACGAAAGAGUCACAAGAGUUCGAAUUCCAUGCAGAAGAGUAAAAUAUUUUUCAGAAGUACGGGAGACUUGGAGAAGAAUGAAGCCUGUCAUAAAGAAAAUACAGAAAAUAUAGAGGAAGGAGAAAUAGUUACGACACCAUUGGAAAGUGAUUUUCAAGGUGGUGAUGAUGAAUUUAUGGAGACUGAAAAAACAAAAGAAAAUGAAGACAAGGUUAAUCUUCCUAAAAGAGCAUCUUCUGGUAGCUACAAAUAUACUUAUUCGCGUUCUGCUGGUGAUGCUAAUGGAACAGGUAGCCCAUCCAGUAGUAGCGAAAUGAGAUUAGUGGAUUAUCCGGAUGAUGAUGAUGACGAAGAUAAGGAAGAUGAAACAGCCUCCAGGAAAAGACCACAUCUUAACCCAUGA